AUGCAGUGCCUGGAAAACUUCCAUGAGAAGUAUGAGGAAUUCCUGGCUCAGGAGUUUGGUCCGAGACCAUUCGCUCUCAAGUCAGCUGACCCCAUGAAGGGGGAAGAAAAGUUCACAAAGCCGAUUCCCCUUGUGCCAUUUCCAGAGUUCUGGGACAAGACCUGGAGUGAGGAACCGGUUCCUUGUAAAUCACUGGAAGACAGGAAAGCUGCCAGGCUUGCUGGGAAUUUACAGGUGCCCAAAUCUGACCUUGAGAAACCUCAACACGAUCUUGAGGAAGCAAUAAAGCUUCUCUGUGAUUCUGAGGAUGCCAGUAGCUAUCAGUAUGGCUCUGAGAUUUGCAGUAAGCCAGGAAAUACCGUGCAGAACACUGUCAAGCAUCCUAACUCUGAUGCCUCUGUCAUGAACAAGUGUCCGGCCAACCCUGAUGCAAGUGCUCAGUCCUCAGAAGCGAUAGAUAAAGCUGUACAUGAGCUGAUGACUUUCAAUCAGGUGCGCCCUGUGGCUUCCAUCUGUGACACGCCAGCCAGACAGCAUUCUGCCCUUACACCAUUAGAUGAGGGAUUUGUGAAGGCUGCUGCCAAAAGCAAGCCACUGGCACCAGUCAAAAUAGCUAAGCCUAGAGCUGUCUCUCAAGAAAUUGGCCUGAUGGGAAGCGACCACCCGCAUGUGUAUGCCAAUAAGAGAUGUCGCGUGGCCUAUACACCUCCCAAGUCCAGUACUGCAGACAAAACGAGCGUGUUGGUUGAUAAUGCCAGUGGGAGCGUACAUAAUGCAGGCGUGCUUGCAUCCUCCCAGAGGUGCGAACAAGUGGAAGCUAUGCAAGAAAAGCAGGCCAGGCUUGCUGGAUGGUUUUCUAAGCAGAGUGCUGUGGUUCAUAAGCAGGCCAUUUCUGCCUUUGCCAAGGAGCAGCGCAGAAAGAGGAAGGCCAUGAACACACCAGAGUACUUCAAGAGGGCUGCAAAAUGUGCCAAGUUAGCUCCCCUGGUGGUAGUUGCUGCCCCUGAGUUAGUCAGUGCCCACAGAGUUACUGCCCCUAGUGCAGUCAGUGCUCUUAGAGUUACUGCCUCUGCCAGGCCAGUUAAGAGGCCCAGCAAGGAGAGGAUUAUCUUGAAGGUCAAUAAGGGCAAGAACAGCUACUGGACGUCUCGCAGGGUUGUGAACCCAGGCAGGCGAGGAUCGUAACCAGGGAAACAGGCAGCAACUGGAUUGUUUGAUUCUUGAUUCUUGUUAUGAAAAGGGCUUUUACAAGAUAGUGGUCAUUUGUGAAUGCACAUCUUUUUUGCUUUAAAAUACAAAUACUGAAGUAGGGCAAGCUAUUCUACAUCCACUUACUAGCCUGAAUUUUUCACCAUGAUCAAAC